CAGAAGGACGGACCCAGGAGUCAAGAGAUAGAUGGAAGUGGUGCUGGUAAAGAUCGGAGCGACAUUACUGUCUGCAGUUAACUUUGCUGCAUUGUAAUGACUCUUGCGGACGUGGCGCUUGGCGCCCCGAGCAGGAAAAGGAAGGUGGGUUCGGUGAAGUUUCUUUCCGAAAUAACCUCCAGCUGCAACAACAACAGUAACAACAACAGUAGUGGUAUUGGAAAAGCGGCGAUUGUAAUUAAGCCGAUCUUGAAACAAGCGCACUCGGUGAGAAACAGGCUGAAAGGCGAAGGCGACAAAAAGGUGGUGGUGUUCACCGAAGCGGUAGCAGAGUUGUCCCCGUCGACAACGCCGACGGCAACGACCCCGGGAACGGCAGUAGACUCUACGGAAAAUGUUGAGAAUACAGAGAACGUGCCGGGCGUGUCUAUGCAAUCGGUCGACAAGCUGUUUUUGGCGUCCCACUCGGUGUUCGACCCCACGUCCAUAGACUCGUUGGACCAUUCGUAUCACACCAGGGCGAGUGGCAAUGCUGGUAGCACGAACUCCAGCACAGGCAGCAACCUCAGCUUGUUGCUGGACUACGACAGCAUCUCCAACAGCCCUGAAAAUUUCACAGCGGGUAAUAACAACAACAACAACAACAACAACAACAACAACAACGCUACGCUGGCGUCCAUCGAUUCAAUUACUAUGACUGGCACCAAGACCAACAGUGCUUUGGUCUACGAUAUAAAUAUGUACAAAAACGAAAUCAAACACAUCAAGCUCACAAUCAAGGACCUUAAGCGCCAGAAGAAGUGCUUGACGAGAAACCAGCACCGCGUUUCGUUAUGUAAACUUUUUAGUAGACAACACUGACCCCGUUACAUACAGCUAUGCAGAGGGGUGUGCCAACCUGCCCACGCCCACUUUGGUAUAUUCAUAUAUAUAGUGUAUGGACAAUACCCGCAACGUUGACUCCAC